UCAGCAUUUUUAAUUGCCCACGAUCGUUAUUGCAUUUCGUGGAAUCAAAAGGCAUUGUAUUAGUAUCGGAGUGAAACGCUGUUAGUUUUAAAUUUGAUUAAUAUUUUUAAUAGUUAUAUUGAAAUGGUGAAAGGCACGGCAUAAACUGCAAAAAGAAAAUAAAUUCGAGCUUUGCAAGUAAUCUGAAGUAUGAAGCGAGAAGUAGAUCUGAUCAGCUGUUAACGAUUGAUAUUCAAAUUACAGCAACUGUAGUAACAAGUGCAAAGUGCAUUCUGUUGCGCCACAUGUUUAGCAUUUCAACGCAAUAUCAAUCAAUUUGACACGGCGCAGAGAUAGCACAACGACAUAAGGCCUACCAUAAAAACAAGAAAAGAAUCUAAACGGCGCGGAAAGUGCGCCCGUCAGCAAAUACAGAUUUGGAACAGUAAACACACGACUAUCGUUCGCUGUUGGGAUUUGUUUCGCUGUCUUAUGGCCCAACACGACAGCGCAUUGAUAUUAACAAGUAUUUAAUAUAGUGAUGAUUAGAGGUCGAGAGUGGAGUAUAUAUUAAUAUAUACGCGCUAAUCACUUUUGCUUCCAUAAACAUACAUUGAAGAAAUUGUGUUAUCAGCAAAAUCACUUCCGCGGCUAAGAUUUACGUGCGCGAUUGCUUGAAAGGCAUUGAAGAGCUGUACGUCAGUAACAAUUACCGUGUGGAAGGCGAUAAAGUAGAGUGACAAUGGGGCUGAAAAUUGACAAGGAGCUACUGCCGAUGAAGGCGCAUUAUUUCUUCUUUAAUGCAGGAACAUCGCCGGUAAUGCCUUUCAUGCCCACAUUGGCACGUCAAUUGGGCUUCUCCACAGUGGUGAUAGGUAUUAUGUAUACAAUUUUGCCGAUUGUUGGCAUGCUGGCGAAGCCGAUAUUUGGAUUUGUUGCUGAUCGUUAUCAACGUCAUCGCACACUUUUCCUCAUCGGCGAAGUACUCACCGCAUUGGCCUUCUUCUUCAUACAAUUCACUCCGACCAUUCCACAAGCUCUGCCCACUGUAGAGUUUCAUUGUCACGGUGGUGUAUCCGAUCUGAAAUACUCUUCCGAAUUUGAUAAGUGCAUACAACAUAAUCUUGAAAGUUACUAUGGCACGCGCGUUCUAAGCUGCGAUUUGUAUUGCCAAGCAGAUCCAGCGCAAUGGGACUAUGUAUGCGAAAACUGGCUACAUAACAACAUCAACGGCAGCAACAUCAGUAAUAUAACAUGUCCAGAACGCAAUAAUCCGCAAUUAAAUUUUACCACAUUUGUCAAUAUGAGCGAAAUUUUGAUUGAGAAUGACCAACUCUUCUUCAUCAUACCACACGAUCGUGGCCAAUUGAAUGGAGAAAAUAUUACGCUCAAUUGUCCGCGUGCUGACCCACAAUUCAAUACAAGUUGCCUUAUAGAAUGCAAUGAUGAAUAUUUCCAAAGCCAAUUGACAUCAAGUACGGCGAUUAAGAAUAGUGAAGUGACGGGCAUGUAUCAAUUUUGGUAUUUUUUCAUCUUACUUAUUUUGAGCUGGGUUGGAAUGGCAGUGGUGGUAAGCAUUGGUGAUGCCAUAUGCUUUUCGAUAUUAGGCGAACGCCAUCACUUAUAUGGAAAUCAACGUUUGUGCGGCUCUAUUGGCUUUGGUGUAUUUUCCAUAAUUGCUGGUGUGCUGGUAGAUAAAAUGUCAGGUGGUAGUGCCACUAAAGACUACACAAUCGUGUUUUGGAUGACUUUGGUGAUAAUGGGUUUCGAUUUAUUCGCCUCCACAAAAUUAAAGAACACCCAAACUCAUCUCUCACAAAAUAUUGCCAAAGAUGUCGGUCAAAUUUUCCUUUCCGUUCGUUGUGUCAUAUUUUUCAUUUGGUGCGUUUCAAUUGGUCUUUGUACGGCGCUCGUUUGGAACUUCCUCUUAAUGCAUUUGGAUGAAUUAGGCGAAAAACUAGAAGGCUGCCAAAACUCCAUAAAAACACUUGAAGGCAUUGCCAUGGGCAUACAAUGCUUUGGUGGCGAAUUACCCUUCUUUUUCCUCUCCGGUUGGAUUUUGAGAAAGAUCGGUCAUAUAAAUGCCAUGAGUUUGGUGCUAUUCGCCUUCGGUGUACGUUUCACACUCUACUAUUUGCUGGUGAAUCCAUGGUAUGUUCUACCCAUUGAACUUUUAAAUGGCGUCACAUUCGGUAUUUUCUACUCGACAAUGGCGUCUUAUACAAGUAUUGUAGCGCCACCGGGCACAGAGGCGACUAUGCAGGGCCUAGUCGGUGCUAUCUUUGAAGGUUUAGGCGUCUCUUUGGGCAGCCUUAUCGCGGGCAAUCUCUUCGCCGAUUUGGGCGGUAGCGAAACAUUCUUAAUUUUCGGAAUUUUCUCCUUUACAGUAUUCGUCGUACAUUUAUGUGUGCAAUGGUAUUUGCAGUACAGUGGGCGAGGUGGUACUGGUGCAAAUGGUAAGCAAAAGGAUACUAAUAGUGUUGCGCAGGAAGUGAAAGAUUUAUCGCCAGAAAAUUAUAAAUUAUGGACUGUGUCUGCAAUAACGCCUAAUGGCGCAAAUACUGAGUUUUCAGAUGUCGAUUUGAGCUCAUUUGAGGGGAGGGCUAUUUAAAGAGGUUCGAAAAAAAUGGUUACUUAAAAGAGGCAACUGAAAUCGGUAUUUUAGCAUACGUUUGUUUGUAGGCGCAGCCAUUACUUCUAUUAGCGAUGUAUAUUUUUUCAUAUAUAUUUAAAAAAUGGGUUGUAUUUUUGCAAAUAUUUUGUUUUUAUCCUAUUUUAUAUCAUAUGCCAAGCAUAUCAAUUUAAGUUCGCCGCUAUUUACUAUUAGAACUCAGUGAUAGUUUUUUUCUAAAAAAACAGCUAUUUCUAAAAUAGUAAAAAAUUUGAAUGGCCAGUUUAUAUUCAAAGCGUUUGUUAUUUUUAUAAAUAAAAUUCAAGUGCAUACAGCAUAAGUUAAUUGCAUUAUACAUUUAAUUGCAUACCUAAAUAACUAAAAUUAAAAAAAUUAAUUCCACUGUCAUGAAAAAAUGUGAGAAAUUUAACGUUUGGCCAUCUUAGCGACCAAAUUUGAUAUUCUACCGAAGCUCCUUGCAGGUAAUUUCAAUUUUUUUUCUAUUAUUCAGUAUUUGCAUGCAAAAUUUGUGCUAAAUUCUUCAGACUAUUAGAUUAUUAGUUUAUUAGAACAUUUCACUUUCUUCGUUAUUGAAAUGCUAUUUGCAAAGUUGUGUAUAAGUAAAAUAGCUGCAUUUUUAAGUUUUGUAUAACCUAGGAUUUUAUUUUAAAAAUAGAAGUAAUUUUGUACCAACUAAAAACUUAAGUCUAGAUUGAGUUCUAAGUAGUUGUCUAUUUAAAAUACGCAAGUUCAGAAUAUAAAUUGAAUGAGGACUUAUUUAACAUUUGUAAGCCACACUUCCUGAAUGGUAUACUAGACUGCAACUAGUGAUCAUUUGAUCCUAGACACGGUUUCAACUUCAGUCUUGAAAAC